UUUUGUACAGAGUGUACAACUUUUUUAAACACUUAAUUAAAAUAGCAUGAUGAAAAAAAUUAUUACGUUUCACAUUGGUAUCUAAAAUGAAGCUUCUUAUACUAUUUAUAGCCGUUUGCUUUGCCAAAAAGUUACAGACUAAAAAAGACACUGCUCCAGAAAUAUUGAGUUACAAUACUACUGAUGAUGGUUCCAGUGCAGAGGAGGAUGAACAAACCAUACAAAGAAUUCUGACACAGACACAAGUUGAUGAAGAAUUGACUAAUGAUGGAAAAGCAGUGCACCAUAAAGAAGCACUUAAAGCUUUUGAAGAAAAAAUGAAAAAUAUGGAUCCAAUAGAUAUUACAAAUGCUGAAACCAUAAUAGAAAAGCAAGAAGAAGCACUUGCGGAGCAAAAAGCUGAAGUUAAGAACAAGGUUAUUGAAAUUGUUGAGGGGGAUAUUGUUAAAACUGAGUUAGUAGAAGCAAUCAUGAGCAAUGAUACUUCCAAACGACAAUUGAAUAUUGGAGAAAAAUGGAGUCUUGAAAUUGCAUAUGAACUACCUGUAAAAAUUAGUGGAGACGGUCGAAUGCAACGUGCUAUAAAUGAAGCUAUCCGAGAACUGAGCAAAGAAAGUUGCCUCAAAUUUUUGAAGAGAUUAAACAAUGGAAAUUCAAAGUAUAAUGUAGAUAUAGAUGGAAAAACACCAGAACCUUACUUGAGGUUUAUUCAAGGAAAUGGUUGUUACUCAUACGUGGGAAAACAAAGUAAACAGUUUUUUAAACAAUAUAACAAUGGUCAAGAAAUCUCUAUUGGAAAUGGCUGUGAAUACAAAGGCACAGUAAUGCAUGAAAUUCUUCAUGCACUUGGAUUUUGGCAUGAGCAAUCUCGACUAGAUAGAGAUCAAUAUGUUAAAAUAAACAUGGAAAAUAUUCAAAAAGACAUGGAAGAUAAUUUUUUGAAGUAUGAAUCAGGACAAGCUGAAACUUUUGGAUUUGAAUACGAUCUUGACUCAAUAAUGCAUUAUGGAACACAUUAUUUUUCAAAAAAUGGGAAAAGUACAAUAGAUGUUUUGGGUAAAGAAAAACCAAUCGGUCAGAGAGAUGGUCUAAGUAAGAUUGAUAAGGCUCAGCUAAAUGCGUUAUAUUGUUCUAACGAAGACAUAAAAAAAGACAGAUUAACACGUUUCAGAAACAAGGUCAAAUUAGACAAGAACAUUUAUGCAUCCUAAACUGAUGAAGUUGAACAUUUAUGCAUCCUAAUCUGAUAAAGUUGAACGUUUAUGGAUCUUUAAGUGCAUGAAGAGCGCUUAUGUAUUUCUAAAUGCUCGUGUUAUGACGAAAAUUGCUUGAGCAACAUUUUAUUUUGCAUUGAAUAUGUAUUUUUAUAUUCCUAAAUACAUUCUUAAAUGUCUCUGAA